UCCUCGUGGUAAUGAGUAGGUAUAAUAAUAUAUUGUCAGUUUAUUCAUAACAGAACAAAUUGUUCAUGGGUUUAUUGGAAUUUGGAAAUAAUUUACAAUUUUUUUGUUUUCUUACAAUUAGUUCACAUAAAAUAUGUUUAUACUACUGUGUUAUAAUUGGUUUUGAAGUAUAAUUUGUGUAUUUAAUCCGUAAAAAUGGCAAACAAAUCACACCGUCAUAAGGAAAAGAAUACGUUUAGAUUUCAACCAUUUAGUGAAAGAAUAGCGGAAAUCGAUAUUGAUGUUUUUCAUCGAGUAGGACAUAGUAAUGAAGAGAUUGAUGACUCUCAAAAAACUGUACUAUAUCAAACUAUUGAGCGAUGGAACGACUUGAAUAGAUCAGAAAAUUAUGAUCAGAUUUGCAACGAUUUGAAACCAUUGCAAUUAGAAAGUCUGCCUCAGUUAUUGGCUAGAAAAUCAGAAAUUGCACAAGUGUUAUUCAAAUAUUUAGAUGAACCAAAUUCACUAUCAAUUCAAGCUCUUUUAGAGUUUGUUGUAGCAUUUGCUAAAGACUUACAACAGGAGUUUUAUGAAUAUUUUCCGGAGUUCUUAAAGUUUUGUAUAAAACUUUUGAAAACAAAAGAUGCUGAACAAAUAGAGUGGUCAUUUACUUGUCUUGCUUAUUUAUUCAAAUUCUUAUGGCGUUUGGUUGUACGAGAUGUAAAACCUAUAUUUGAGUAUAUAGUUCCUUUGUUAGGAGAUGAUCAGCCUUCCUACGUUAAUGAUUUUGCUGCAGAAUGUUUUUCUUUCGUAGCUAGAAAAGUAAAAGACAAGAAGAAUUUUUUAAAAAUUGUAUUAAAAAACCUAAAACAUAGACGUGAUAGCGUUUAUGGAUGUUCUAAAUUAAUCUUUGAGACAAUUAAGGGAAUGGCCGGUGGCUUACACACUUGUGCUGAUCACUUUUUACCAAUUUAUAUUAAUUCUCUUGCUGACCCGGAUAUUUCGUAUAAAUUACUCUAUGACGUAUUAGACAUGUUGUUUGAUAACAUUUUUGAACAUAUAGAUCCAAAAAAGAGUACUCUCAUAUGGACUGUUCUUAAGACUGCGGCUACGGAUUUUAUGAAAAACUAUGACAAUGAUCCAAAUGAACGAACAUGUGAAAAUUUGAAUCAACUUUUACUUUUAUGCCAUCGAUUUCUGUCUCACAAAUAUGGUGCAUGUGUUAAUAAUUUACCAGAAUUAUUUGAAUGGCUAUGUGGGUAUUUAGAUCAUGAGCCUCAGUUAGCUCAAGAUCAUUUAUGUACCUUAGCAUCAAUUGUCAGCACGGUUUGCUUGUAUAGAACUGGUUUACCAUCGUAUCAAUGUUAUAGUUUAAUAGAAAAGGUUAUGUCGAUAAAACAUACUGAUGUAUUGGUAUCAUUUGUUGAACAAAUGAAAAAUUACAUUAAUUUUGAACUGUCCAUUAUGCAAAAGUUGUUGUGCCACGUUGGUACACUUAUAAACACAAAUCAAGAAAUUCCAAAAAGCAUAAUUAUUUGUUUGUCGAGUUAUUUGAACAAUAAUUCUCCAUUAAGCUCUUACGGAUAUAAAAAAUGGAGAGCAAUUUAUAAAAACUCACUUUAUGGAAAGCAUAACGAGAGCCAAAUUAUUGGAGAUUAUACUAUAAAGUGUUUGGAGCAUUUUAAUAAUGAAAAUUUCAAUGGCGAAGAUAUCACUUGUCUAUUGAUUUUACUUCAACAUUUUUGUCAUUGUGAAAUUGAAGCUACAGCAGUUUUAAAAAAAUUGUUUAAUAUAGUAGUUAAAAAUUUAAACCAAGGAGAUAUUGCAAAUUUGUUUUGUUUCCUGAACAUUAUUGAGACUAUAAUGAGACUUGACGAAGAUCCGGAUUGCUGGUUCUCUUUACCAGAACUAAUACCUCAGCUGCAAUCUCUUUUAGAUUAUAAAUAUGGAUGUUGUUCAUUAGUACUGCGUAUUAUUCAAUUACUGAUUACCAAUUUAAAAGUUAACACCAGUGAUGUGUAUGUACACAAUUUAGAAAAAAAACUUAUUGACUUACUAUCAUCUCCAUACCAUCAAGUCCGUUAUACAAGUUGUAAAAUACUUGUGGCUAUCAAUUCGUUGACUGACCUCACCGAGAGAAAUAAUUUGUUCAAGUUACUAGAAUCCGUAGAAAAAGUUCCCGCCUCAUUGAAUGAAUAUCGUGAACGCCUUUUACGUGUACAGCAUUUAGAUAGCAACGAGACAUUUGAAAAUACUUAUAAAUCAGUAGAAGAUGCAAUGGAAAUUGCUGUAAAGUUUCUGUUAGGAAAUUUGCAUCUGAACUUUAAACCUAUGUGGGUUCCGGUCGCUAAAUUAAUAGUAUCGCAUGCCAGAACAUCAAAAAAGUUCUGGCCAAUAUAUGAAGAACACUUAAAAUUGACACUAAAGCCUGAAAAUUACAUAUUAAAAAAUGUAACAUUAAAAGAAGAAUUUAAAAUUGAUUUUGUGGCUGAGCGCUUAAAAAAAUUAAACAAUACAUCUGAGAGGGUCGAUAUCAAUAACUAUAGAAUAUUAUUAUGGAAUACCAUGUGUGAUUUUGGAGAUCUUAUUCAACAGAAAAACAAAGACGUGGUGGAACAUUUUCUCGCUUUUAUCAGAUCAGAGUACAUGUGCAGUAAUUCAGAAUUAGCUAACAGUUGGAAUAUUAAACAAAAUUCCACUGAAAAAAAUGAUGAAAUUGACUGUGAAGAAAGUGUAACAGAACAUAAUUCUGACGAACAUUCAACUUCUAAAAAAUCUCUUACAAAAUUAUUGUUGGCCUAUUUGAAGUUGAUGUCGACCAUACGUAGUCCUAAGAGUUUAUUCAAAGAAUCGGAAAUAUAUGAUGUAUACUUAAGUCUUUUAGCAAAUAAAAAUGCAGAAAUACAGAAAGCGUCUUUUGACUGUCUAUUAAUGUAUAAACAGAAGCACAUCGUACCUUACAAAGAAAACAUUUAUAAGCUUAUCAAUGAAAAAUCUUUCAAGUCCGAGUUGGUAAUGUUCAAAGUGGACUCUGAAAGUGAUGUGAUACUUGCCGAGCAUCGACCACUUCUAUUACCUCUUAUAAUGAGGUUGGUUUAUGGCAAAUUAUUAGGUGGAGGUGGUGCUAAAUCUGGUAGUAAAUGUUCUGGACAAAAUCGUCGAACUGCCAUUAUGCGUUUUCUUGUUGGUUGCGAAGAAUCCGAACUUGUUGUCUUUAUGCAAAUGGUUUUCAGAGUUCUCCAUUGUCAAAUUGAAUAUUCAGAUUGCCCAGUAGAAAUGACUCGUCAUAUAGUAGAAACCAUUGAUUUAGGAAAUGUGUUGCCUCCUAGACGACUUCUUUCUUCGGUCAACAUGUGUGCUGUAAUAUUGAAACAAUGUGGAGCUUUAACUGGUACAAGCGGUCUUUAUUAUAUGCUCAAAGUUUUGCUAUGUGUUGGCGCGAACAUUAAAGCUAUUUUAUCAAACCGUUUGGAUGUACAUGUUGGCUAUUUAAGUACAAUAUCCAAAGUACGAGUGACUACUAUUGAAACAUUAUCAACGUUUUUUGAACAAUUUGAAAACUUUUCCUGGAACAGAAACUUUUUAAAUUCUAUCUUUGAUGUUUUCGUGGAACCAUCAUUAGUAAAAAUGCCAGUUGAAUGUGCUCAACAUCCAACUCCUUUGAUGAAGCUUAUGAUAAUUUGGAGUAAAAUUCCUAGAUAUUAUUGUUUAUUGGGAUACAAUGUCAAUAAUGUUACGCCAAUAGAAAUUUUAAUUCAACUACUAACAUCGGAUAAAGUUCACAUGAGUGUGAAGAAAAUUGUUCUCGAUAUUAUAGAUAGAUUGUUAACUUAUGAUGGAACAAUAGAUGACACUAUGGAAACUGAUAUUCCUCCACUUGAUGUGCCGAUUCCGUUGGUACCUUCAGAAUUCAGUGAUGAGUUAAAUAUUGGAUCAAAAUUGUUGUAUCCAUAUCUGCCUAUAGUUCUUAAAUAUCUAUACAAUGAUCUAUCCAAUAAACGAGGUGUGGGCUUGGCGUCAGUAGAAAUGUCCAUAAUGACUAAAGCCUCUGAACUCGUGCGAGAUGAACAAUCCAGUUCAAACCUUUUAUCUUUAUUAUUUCCUGUAUUAUUGAAGAAAGCUACUGGAGACGAUUCAGCAAUUGCUCCGUUGUUCGCUACUGUUAAUUCUUUGGUCUCAAAUGUGAAAGAUGUUGGAACAUUACCACGACAAUUAGCCACACUUUAUGGUAGCGUUGUAGGUCAAUACAGUAGAAAUAUGCUACUUGAGUUCACUAAGACAAUUGCACAAAAGAGCCAACAUAGUCGCAUACACUGUGAUAUACUCAACGAUUUGAAUGCUUGGGAUAAAAGGCAUUUAGAUCAACCCGAUUAUGAUCGUAGGAUGAACGCAUUGAAAAAAGUUAAAUCCUUGAUAGAAGACGAUGAAAUAUCUGUAGAGUUUGGCGCUUUCAUAAUCUACAACUGUUUUUAUAUUUUUAAUAAUGUGAAUGAUAUUGGACUCCGUGACUCUGCAGGUACAUGUUUGAGAGAUAUUAGUUGUCACUUGUGUUUAAAAUAUGCAAAGCAGUCUUCCGAACGAACGUUUAUUUUGGAUUCUGUACUAUUGCCAUUACUACGCAAUGGAAUACAAGGACAUAAGGAGUUGGUUCAGUAUGAAUCAAUUUCACUUUUGGGUCAUCUGUCGAGAAAAUGUGCUCACGUUCAUUUUGUGUUCAACGAUUUACAACCUCUGUCCAAUGAAACUGAUUUGGAAGGUGAUUUCUUUGAGAAUAUCCAGCAUAUACAAACGUAUCGUAGAGUUAAAGCACUUCACAGAUUCUGUGAAAUUAUGAAGAAGAGUUAUCAUUGUCCGAGGCCUAAGACUAUUAUCGAUUAUGUUUUUCCCUUAGCUAAUCAAUUUUUAUGCAAUCAAAAGUAUUCUUCCAAAAAUAGUCUUGUUGAUGCCGCUGUAGAAGCUGUGAUCAUAAUGAGUCGUAUACUUCCGUGGCAACAAUAUGAGACAUUAUUAAAGCUUUAUUUAUCAAAGUUGCGUCAAUCGCUUGAAUUUCAAAAACAAAUGGUUCGUGUAGUUUCUGGUGUAUUAGACUCAUUUCAUUUUGAUUUGUCACGAGCAAGUGUACGACAAUCACAAAACACACAAAAAUCCACCUUACCACAAGUAAUUGAGAAAACUUCACAGCAAGUUGUUCAAGCUAAACAAACUAAAAAUACGUCCGACCUGAAUAAUGAAUCCAUGAUGGACAUAGAUGACGAAGUAGAUGAAAACGAGAAUGCUGAAAUUACAGAAACGCCAAAUGAAUCAAUUUUGGAAAGAGUUCAAGUGUUGUGUCCUUCUACAGCCAACAAAAUCACUAAAGAAAUCGCUAUAGGUUUGGUCCCCCAAUUGAAUAAGAACUUAGCAGAAUACUCUGAGUCAGACCGGAGACAUAAAAUGAAUAAAAAACAAGCAGAAUAUGACAAAGAAGAAAUGGAAAUGUUGAAAAUACCUGUUGCUCUUGCUGUAGUGAAAUUACUGCAAAAACUGCCCGCUCCAAUGCUGCAAGAUAACUUGCAGAGCAUUUUCAUGAAAUUAUGUACCUUCUUAAAAUCACGUUUAGAAAGUGUUCGACGGGUUACACGUGAAACAUUACAAAAUAUAAUGACAACGUUGGGUACAAGUUAUAUGAGUAUGUUGCUGAACGAAAUGACAGCUUUGUUGACCAAAGGCUUCCAAGUACACGUCCUUAUUUAUACAAUACAUGCAAUUUUGGUAUCAUUAAGCCAUUGCUUUGAGAAAGGUCAUAUGGAUAGCUGCUUGCCAUAUCUUAUAGAGGUUGUCAAAGUAGACUUAUUUGGUGUCAGUUCUGAUGAAAAAGAAGUUACUAAAAUUGCAGGGAAAACUGUCGAAGCACGUGGCAACAAAAGCUACAAUACUUUGCAUAUUGCUGCAGAGUUUAUAACUGAAAAAAGUUUAUUGAAUUUGGUCGUACCUUUCAAAGAUAUACUGUUUUCAACGCUAUCAUUUAAAAAUAUACGAAAAUGUAAUGAAAGUUUGCAGCACAUUGUAACGGGUUUGAUUGAUAACAAAUUUGUUAAUAAUGAAUCAUUGUUAGAACUGGCUUACGGUAUCGUAUCGCAAAGUAUUCCAGCACUGAAUGCUGAACCAAAACAAGAAGUUAAAAAAAAGGAACUGAAACGACCCGAUUCAUUUAUCAUUCCUCAAGAGCCUAAACGUACAUCUGUGCCUUUUGAUGUAAAAAUGUGUGCUCAAACUAAUGCUCACGUUGUUGUACAAUUUGGGUUAAGUUUAUUUCAAUUUAUGUUGAAGCGCGAAAUGUUGAAAAGUGCUGCAUUUUCUCCAUUUGUUGAUCCCUUUGUUCCAUUAGUGAUGAAUUCAAUGAUAUCUGAACACGUUAAGCUCACUACUUUAGCAUUACAAUGUAUGAAUUGGCUUUUAAAGCGAAACCUACCUUCCAUUAAAGAAAACAUUGAUGUAAUCUCAGACAGAUUAUUUGAUAUUGUUCACAAAUAUGCGACUGGGCAAAACUGUGGUGGAGACAAUUCUGAACUUGUUAUGGCAGCAUUCAAAACUCUGUCAACUUAUAUACGUGAAGUAAAACAUCACAAACUUAGCAAUGAUCGUCUACGUACUUCAGUUUUAUAUGCAGAACAAGAAUUAUCUUGUAUUGAAAACGGGGGCAACACGGUAACAACAACAUUCACGCUUAUCAAAGCAAUACUCAGUCGACAGUAUAACUGUCCUGAACUUAAAGAGUUAAUGGACCAUGUAGCCAAAGCGAGUAUAACGUGUGAACGUGAUGCUGUACGCACUCAAGCACGACAAACGUUUUACACAUACUUAAUGGAUUACCCUAUAAAAAAGGCUCUGAAUGGCCAUAUCCAGUUUUAUUUGUCACAGCUCGAGUACGAAUUACAAAAUGGAAGGGAAUCUGCUCUUGAAAUGAUUACCCUAUUGAUAAAAACCCUGCCAGCAGAUGAAUUGAGCAAACAAAGUUCAGCAAUAUUUGUAUCCUUGAGUGCUCAAAUGAUCAAUGAUAGCGUAGCAACAUGUCGAAAAAGUGCAGCAGAUGCUAUAGCAAUUUUAUUAGGUAGACUCCCGAAAGCCAUCACUUCUACUUUGUACGAAAUUGCUUUGACUUGGUUACAAGAAACAAGAAUCAUUCAUAGACAGUUAGGAGCCCAAUUAAUAAGCGUAUUCGUAAGUGUUGAGGGAGAAGAAUUCAAGCAACGUCUUAAAACGACUUUACCACUUCUCUGUGCACAUCUAAAACGUAGCACUUCUAUAGAUGGCCCUGGACGAUUUGUAAAAAUUCACACGCCUGAAACUAAUGACCAAAAUUUAGAUCAUUUAAUUUUUCAAUGUCUUACCACUUGUGUUAAUAUUGUUAAAACGUGUUCUAAUAUUUUCGUUAAAUCGUCCUAUUAUGAGAUUAUAAAAAAUAUCGCGAUAUCCUGUCAAGAAUUGUUACGAGACGAUCAUGAAUGGGUUCGACUUGGAGCACUUCAAUUUUUAAAACAGUAUUUAUCUUCAAUUGACCCUUUAAAGGUGGCUUUGCAAGUGUCACAGAAAGUAAAUAAAGAAGAACAACGUUACUUAUACUAUAAUACCAGACAAAAUGUUAAGAUGUUGUGCUUGGAUUUAGUAGAUCAAAUUAUUCCUGGUCAUGAACUACUCGGAGAAAUUUUAAAUGAAACAAAAGAGAGUAUUUUAUAUUUAAUGGAUAUUUUGAAAACCAUCAGAUCCAAGAAGUCACAAAAUGAAAAAAGUGAACUAUCAAUUGGAUGGCUGUUAAAACACUUAAACAAACUUGUUUAUAUCGAGGUGUCUAAAUAUCCACAAAACUAUACUGUUCGGAAAACCGUAUUUGAGUUAUAUGGUGCUUUAGCGGCUCGACUAGAACGUGUGAAGCUCGUCCCAGUCUUAAAAAUUAUUUUGAAACCAUUGAUCCGAGAAUUAUCUACAUUGGAUGACGCCGGACUUGAAAUAAGACGGGUAGCCAAAGGAGCUGCAAGCAAUAUAAAAAAGAAAUGUGGUCCUGACACAUACAAUGAAAAUUGUUCUAUUGUCCAGCGAGUUCUAAAUGCAAAGAGAGCUUUGCGAAAGAAAGCAUCUUUGUUACAAGUUAUGACUGAUCCUGAAUUAGCCGCAAAAAGGAAAAUAGCCAAGCAAGCAAAGAAGAAAGUUAGCAAAAAACGUAAGAUAGAAAAGGCUAAACAGAAAAAUAUUAAAACAAGAAUUAAAAAAGACUUGGACUUGGAAGAUUGUUAAGUUGUAUUUGACUGUUUCUUGUAAGCUAUGUGAUUUAAUUAAAUUUUUAAUAGACUAAUCAGUGACCGUUUUGUAAAUUGUUCAUUUGUAAUUGAAAAAAUAAAAUAAAAUGUAUGUUUAA